CGAAAUAAUGGAUCCAAUAUAUAAUGCACUUGGCAUGAACUCUGUAACGUCGAGAAAUAUAAUGAAUUUUGUGUCAGUCAAAGAGCAGUUUGUCAAGAAAAAUAUAAGGGCACUUGCAAAGGGAAAGCUGGUGUCGCUGAUCGAUGUUGCCACCAGAAUGGAUAAAGCUAUACUGGGAAUCAAUUUGCAAAUGAUCCACGCAAGCCUGGCUAAAACCGAGAUUGUUGUGAAGACCUUGGGCAUGACUGAGCUCGGGGAAUCUCAUACUGGAAUAUAUAUAAAGAAUAAAAUUCUAGAAGUCUUAGAUGAUUAUGGCAUAACACUUGAUCAGAUCUACAGCAUUACGUCUGAUAAUGGGCGAAACAUGAUAAAAGCCGUCCAGGUAUUAAAUGAUGCGACAGAGGAAUCCAUUUAUGAAGAAGACAUAGAAAGUGAGAAUCUUCUGAAUGAACUGGAUUCUAUUGAACUGGCUAAUAUACACCUAGUGAGAUGUGCAGCACACACUCUGCAACUGUGCGUAUUUGAUGUAAAUAGAACAAAGGAGAUCGCCGAUAAAAUAAGUGCCUGUCGCACAUUAUGCAAAUCGCUGCGCACAGAAACAUAUAGGUAAUAUAUAAGUUAU